CAACGUUAGCGAAUAGUGCGCGUAAACGACUUUCGUGUAAUACUGGACGUUAGCGGGUAUUUCGAGAAUGCCAAAUACUCGUCUUGAUAAUUUCUUCCGAGUUAGUAAGACACCUCAAAAUGUAGGAAGAGCCAAAAGAGCAGUUCUUGAGACCUCGCCUGAAACAGAGUUAUCCAGAUCAAAGCGACCAGCUUAUCAGCGUUUUUCGCACCUUACCAAACCUACUCAAGAGUCUGCUUCUGAGGCUGAAACAAUAAAAACUACUGUCAUAAAGUUAGAUGAACAAAGUGAAGUCCCAAGCAGCUCCUUAUUUUGUCCUCCGCCUCAAGAAAAGACCGUCAUACAGCUGAAAAAACGCACACAGCCGAAGAAAGUGAUCAAGCUAAAAUCAUCUCAGUCAUCAGACUCAAUACAAGAAAAUAGUUCAAAGCUGCCCGCUUUUAAACGUUUCGCUCACUUAUCAGAACCUGUUUCUUCAUUAAAGCCACAAUCGACUGAACCUGAAACUUCUAUUGAAACCCAGAGUUCUGUAUCUUCUAAGGAUCUUGAUUUAACACAAACAGAUUUAACAGUCCCUGCUGAUCUUUUUCUUCCUCACAACUUACAAGUUUUGUUGGAACUUUUUCGAAGUUGUGAUACAGUUGUCAGCAUGCUACACAACAGAAAAGAACUUUGCAGUUUCGAUAAAAUCCAACCAGCUGUUCAAGAAAUUACGCGCAGGAAUUUUGAAGAAACUCAUAUCGGUCAAUUUCUAACUGUCUAUCCUAUGGUUUAUUUUCUGCGCUAUGAGAAGCAGUUUGAUAAAUUCACACAUCGAUUAAAUGGGAAUUACGUACUCGUUUUAUCACCUAAUUUACGUACUGAUGGAACAAAAGUUGGACAUGAUUCUCCGUCGAAAGGAUUUCUACCAUUCAGUGGGACGCGGUUAAUUCAACGUCGAAAUCGUUUCCAUUCUCUGUUAAUUAAUCUAGUUUUAAAAUCACAUCGGGUAUUCUUAACUUCGGAGCUUGGAAUAGAUCCAUCUGAACUUCCAGAAGAUUCAUCCCUUCGUCGUUGGCAUCCGAAAUUCCCUUUAGAAUCUGCUGUUGCAUGUAUAGUUUCAUCACCAUUGCCUAUUAGACCAUCAGAUUUUGAGCAGAAGAUUACAUCAGCAAAAGAUGCUGUCAAAGCAUUUCAAGCUCGUGCUCUGUUUCGUGAAGCCGAUACGUGUCAUCAAAUAUCUCUGUCCAAGCAACAACUAUCUCCUAUACCAAGUCCAAAGAAGUCUGUAGCAGCAUCGCCACUGAAAGUAUCCAAUAUUAUUGAUAGCACAGCAUAUACAGCAAGCAAUCUUGUGGGUACGCAAACAGAUUCUAAAGAGUCUAACGAUAGAAUGAUUACUUCUACACCGAAUAAUUUAAAGGGUAUAUCUCUAGCACUUCUCAAUAAAGUGCGUGCUCGGGAAAAUGAGCGACGUCUUCUUACUGAGCUUACUUAUGGGAAAGUUUCAGAGGCCAGACGAGCUAUUUACUGUCGUUUACCCCUAAUAAUAACUCAGGUUUGGAGUAUUUUACGUCCAUGCAAUGCCCGUCCACUUCCACUGUCAACUGUCGCUGUUCGUGUGGCAGACUCUCAUCCUAGCGGACUUUCUGCAGAUGCUAUCAGUGAACACUUAGACGUGUUAUUAGAAUUAGCACCAUGUUGGAUAGAAAAAUUAAACUGGUCCAUUGUUCAUCUUCGAUUAAAAGAUCCAGGACGAUCAGUGAAAGAUGUUAUCGAUAUGAUUAAAUUGAAAGUUGCUAAAGAUGGUGUUAACAUUUAGUAAAUCUGUAGUCACUUUAUAUUUCUCUUUUUGUAUACUUUUUAACUAUUAUAUUAUUUUCAUUAUUUCGUCAAUACAAUGCAUUUAUAUAUGUGUGUAUAUGUACUUGUGCAUUUACUACUACUUAGAGUAUCUCAUUUUUAUGCUUCUCAUCGCUUCAUAUUUUAAGCAUUUUUUGUGUGUACUUCAGUUGUUUUCCAUAAAUAUAUAUAAAAUUUGGAAAUAUG